AUGAAUAAAUGGAAGUCAAGACUUUUCCCAAGGCCGCCAAACUGGUUAAGUGGCAAGUAGUUAAGGCUCGCAAGUUCAGUGAUGUUUCUAAUAGACUUCUGCCUCUGUGUUCCCUGGACACCUCCAUUCCAGUGCAAGAUUCCCAUGGUUGAAUUCAUAGUGGGCUUCUAUGACUCUGCCUUCCUAGAGGUCCAAUACAGGACCAGCGAGUUAUUUGUGUGUGGACAGCCCAGUCCCAGAAGGGGCUUGGGAAUACAGCAGUAGGCUUUAACUUGCCUUUCACCUAUGCUUCUGUAGUCCUCAAGUUGUGUUGACCCACCUGGAAACACCACUGGCUCCAGAAUGCCAAGCUCCAGUAAUUUUAUAAAAUAA